UCUUUUAUUUGGGUGUGCAGUCUGAACCCUAUUCCACUAGAUGUUGGGGUUAUAGGUGUUGCCACAGAAGAGUUUAUUGAUAUAUUGUUAUAUAGAUAAGUGCUAGAGAAGGGGCACAUGAGGAAACCGAAAUGAUGCAGUAAUUUCCAGAAGGAGUGUGCAUUACCAGGUCACUAUGUAACGACCGCAACAAACUCUUACCUGGUAAAAUCAAUACAUGACACGAUACUAAAAAGCGCCUAAUAUACUUUCACGUAGUUGAGACAAAGCGUCACCAGUUCACUCAUGACAAACAAAUAAUGCAUCUUUAAAAACAUCUUUUGGGUUCAAGCGCGAAGAGCAAACAAUACACUGAAGUCACAUUUGUUGUAUAGAUUGCAGUAAUUCUUUAUAAACUCUGUUUGAUUGCUGUCUAUAAUCUUCAAUGAAGCAAACUGCACAAUACGGGGGGUGGGGGGCGUGUUCUUCAUUAAUUAUUAUUUCUAGUACGCUUCUGAUCUAUCUUGACGUGUGUUCCCCAAAACCACUCGAUAGUCUCUUGAGGAUCGCUUGUUUUUCACGUAUCACUUAACCCAUUAUGUACCUAAUUAUUUUUUAAAUUGGAAAAUACAACCCGUGUUCUGAUUUUACGUAAUUUGAUACAUUACAUUUAGACUUAACUUUUUUUCACUUAACAUUAGAGCAAGUUAUCAUAACAUUAUAGUUAACGAUGUAAUUGGUAAAAACGAAUGCAGUCCACGGACAUCUCUGGACCACAGUGGCCGCUCGAGAAGUCGAGUAGAAGUUCAAGAAGGUUUGGAGACACUGCAAUUUGCAAAAGUUGUUCUUAUGAAAACCAUGCUGUCACGAUGUUGGCAAUGUUUGGAGAAACUCCCCUCUUCUGGGUGAUCCCAGGUACCAUUCAGAGAAGAUGACGGACAUAGCCGAUUUGUGUCCCCACCUGGAUUCUAUAGGGGAGGUCACCAAGGAGGAUUUAUUACGCAAAUCCAAGGGAACAUGCCAGUCGUGUGGGGCUGCUGGACCAAACCUCUGGGCUUGUCUCCAGAGUGGAUGUCCCUAUGUAGGCUGUGGAGAGUCUUAUGCUGAUCACAGCACUUUCCAUGCACAGGCUCAAAAGCAUAACCUGACCGUGAACCUGACCACAUUCCGGGUCUGGUGUUACAUCUGUGAGCGGGAGGUGUUCCUGGAGCAGCAGCCAGCUGUGCCCACCCAGCACAAUCCUCACCGCAAGCCGCUGGAGCAGGGCCCUGUAUCCCAGACUGCCAGCAGUCCUCUAAAGGCUGUUCCAAUUACUGUUGUAGACGAGGGGGAGUCAGAAUCAGAAGGAGAUGAAUUUAAACCAAGAGGUCUCGCUGGAAUGAAGAACAUUGGGAACUCCUGUUACAUGAAUGCUGCAUUGCAGGCUCUCUCAAACUGCCCGCCUCUGACUCAAUUUUUCCUGGAAUGCGGAGGACUGGUCCGCACAGAUAAGAAACCGGCGCUUUGCAAGAGUUACCAGAAACUGAUUUCUGAACUCUGGCACAAGAAACGUCCCAGUUACGUCGUUCCCACCAGUCUUUCUCAUGGGAUCAAGCUGGUGAACCCCAUGUUCAGAGGCUAUGCGCAGCAGGUAGGGAGAACUGCACAACAGGACACUCAGGAGUUCCUGCGCUGCUUGAUGGAUCAACUGCAUGAGGAGCUGAAGGAGCCUGAGUGCGGGGCCGAGUCUGACAGGGAGGAGCGGCUUGAUGGGGACCGCAGCCCCUCCGAGGACGAGUUCCUGUCCUGUGACUCGGGUGCCAGCAGUGACCGGGGGGAGGGGGGCGAGGGGAAAGCCCCCGGGGGGGCAGAGCUACUGAUCCAGGAUGAGAGUGGGGGGAUCCGCGGGGGGAUCUCGGAGAAGGAGCGGCUGAAGGAGAGGAGGGUCUCGGGGUCUCCGCGGAGAGGCGGCUCCCAGGAUAUGGACGAGGACGCAGACAUAGACACUUCUGCGGAGGAGGAGGGAGGGGCUGCGAGGACUGGGGAGAGAGAGGCUCCACCUCCAAAUGGUGUCAGCAACCAGAACCACAGAACAGUUUCAGAACCUGACAACGAUGCAUUGCUGCACAGUCUCUCCCACUCCUGCAGUCCCAGCCACGGUCACCAGGAGGCCCACCCCAAACUGUCCAGCAGCCCGCCUCGCUCCAGUCCCCUGCGCAUGGCAGGCACGGCAUACUCACUCAAGAAAGCUCAGCUCCUCCUGGGUUCCAGGAAGAAGCAGCAACCCCGAUACCGCAGCGUUAUCUCGGACAUCUUUGACGGCUCCAUCCUCAGCCUAGUCCAGUGUCUCACCUGCGACAGGGUUUCAACCACUGUGGAGACUUUCCAGGACUUGUCUCUGCCGAUCCCGGGAAAGGAGGAUCUCGCCAAAUUACACUCCUCCAUCCACCAGAGCAUUCCUGCCAAAAACGAGACCUACGCCUCCCAGGGCUGGAUCUCCUACAUCAUGGAUUAUAUCCGCAGGCUCGUGUCCUGUAUCCCCAGCUGGUUUUGGGGUCCACUUGUCACUCUGGAGGACUGCCUGGCUGCCUUCUUUGCUGCGGAUGAGCUGAAAGGUGAUAAUAUGUACAGCUGCGAAAGAUGUAAGAAAUUAAGAAAUGGUGUUAAAUACUGCAAGGUUCUCCGUCUGCCUGAAAUCCUUUGUAUUCAUCUCAAGCGCUUUCGCCAUGAGGUCAUGUACUCCUUCAAAAUCAACAGCCAUGUCUCCUUCCCAUUGGAGGGGCUCGAACUCCGACCUUUCCUAGCCAAGGAGAGCCCUUCCCAAGUCACAACUUACGACCUGCUCUCUGUGAUCUGUCACCACGGCACCGCAGGAAGUGGUCACUACAUCGCGUACUGCCAGAAUGUAAUAAACGGUCAGUGGUACGAGUUUGAUGACCAGUAUGUCUCUGAGGUCCAUGAGACAGUGGUGCAGAGCGCCGAGGCCUACGUCCUGUUUUAUAGGAAGAGCAGCGAGGAAUCUGUGCAGGAGAGGCAGAAGGUGGUAGCCCUGGCUAACAUGAAGGAGCCCAGCCUGCUGCAGUUUUACAUCUCCAGGGAGUGGCUUAAUAAGUUCAACACCUUCACAGAGCCCGGUCCCAUCACCAACAACACCUUCCUCUGCACGCAUGGAGGGAUCCCACCCAACAAGUAUCACUACAUUGAUGACUUGGUGGUGAUCCUGCCCCAGAAUGUGUGGGACUAUCUCUAUAACAGUUUUGGUGGCGGCCCUGCUGUAAACCACCUCUAUGUGUGCUCCAUCUGUCAGGUGGAAAUCGAAGCCCUGGCCAAGCGCAGGAAGUUGGAGAUCGAUACCUUCAUCAAGCUGAACAAGGCUUUCCAGGCAGAGGAGUCCCCCAGUGUCAUUUACUGUAUUGGCAUGCAGUGGUUCAGAGAGUGGGAGAGCUUCGUCAAGGGCAAGGACAAUGAGUCGCCUGGCCCCAUUGAUAACAGCAGAAUUGCAGUGAUGAAAGGAGGCCAUGUCCAGCUCAAGCAAGGAGCCGACUACGGUCAGAUCUCAGAGGAGACGUGGAAUUACCUGUUUUCCAUCUACGGAGGCGGUCCUGAGAUUGCGGUGCGGCAAAGCAUCUCUCAGCCCGACACGGAGAGCCUUCACGGAGAGCACAAGAUUGAAGCGGAGACGAGGGCCUUGUGAGGCCCAAACAGCUGCCAAAAAAAGAUCCACAAUGAGGGGUCUCGCUUUAUCCCGAAUGAAACUAGUGACACUGACUCUGCACCCUCACAAACCUGCUGUGGGCACUCUGUUAUGUUCCGGUCUGUCAUCCUGUCAUGUGUAAAAAAACAAAAAACUAACAAAAUAGAUGACUAGAAGCAUUAUUUAUUGAUGAGAUUAUUGUAUUAGUGAAGUAACCCCACUCUAUCUUUGUGGGGUCAGAUAACUGCUGUAAUACUCUGUAGUUUAAACUAUUGGCUUGUUUCACAGAGCCCCUAUUAUCACUACUCUUGGAUUUCCCAAUGUUAAUUUAGGUAAGGUAGUCCAAGACUGGUGCUAAUCUGGGUCUGUUAAACCAGCUGUAAAUCACUCAUGUGCUAAAAGAGAUCCGAGGCUUUAGGUGAGUCGUGGCUUUUACAGUACCUGUAUGUAAUGCAUAGAAAAAGCCAGGAUUGCACCAGCUACUGGUGUUUCUUGUGUGGGUGUUUGACUGUUGGACACGAAGAGGAGUUUGUAGAAAAGUUAAACGACUGGGGGUCUACAAGAAGCUGUUUGGUAGAUUUGUGAAUCUAUUUAUUUAUUCACAUGUCAGCACCAGCUUACCUUUCCUAUGCAUUGUCACCCUACAGAGAAACAUAGAUCUGUACAUUCACAAUUAGACGCGAAAGUGAAGAGCAUAAAGGGUAGUUGUCGAUUUCUGCUGCAAUGCUGUUUCUCUUUUUGCACAUCCCUAUAGAUAGAAUCCUGAGAACUGUAUAGUAAACCACCCAUGUUUGGUACGUGGACAUGUCUCGCUCCUGUGGCACUAAAACGUUUCUGUGUACAGUAUAAAUAUGAAAAAGCAUUUAUGUUGAUAGAACCUCUUAAUACUGUGUUUUGAUAUAGGAGAUGUUAUUAUUUGCAUUCUGUUUUGUCACUCAUUUCAUAUUUUGAUGUAUAGACGUUGUUUCACUAGCAGAGCUGUGCUUAAUUCCUGCCGCACGCCCGCUCUCAAAUGGACACAAAGGAAAUCAAUACUAGGCGAUUGCAGCAUGCACAAUAAAACUCAUCAGCUAGAUAAUUACACCAGAGCUAUCCUCUCCUAAUAUUGAACAGGUCACAUUGUAAAACUCACUAAUGCCUUCUGUAAAUCACUCCCAGGCCUGUGAAGAACAUUCCUGACAGAGAUUCAGAGCUCUCUGCACAGUGGCAAUUAAUACUCGAAAAUCAUUGCAAAACUCGAAGUAAUGGAAUAUUUCAAAUGAAGAAAAACACUCCAGUCCUCUGGAGAGGCUUCGAUGUGUUACAUUACUUGUCUGCGCUUCUUCCUUACUUAUUGAGCAACCAGGAUUCUGCUUAACCCUAUUCUGAACUCAUCAGAUUCUUACCUGUCUGCUUGUAAUUAAUUUACCUGCUGAAAGAGGUCCCGCAGCGCAGGGAAAGAUAUUACUUCUAUAACAACGAUUGUAUAUCUCCCCGCUGCCUAGUCCCCAAACACCGCUCUGCAGCAGCUGUAAUGCAGUGUGUGCUGUUCCUGACCUUGCAAGGACAACAGCCUUUUGUUUUCGUCUGUCAUUCAUUCCACUGGUGCAGUCAUGAGUCAUCCUCACUGAUGAUGAAACACGACAGUAUGGUUACUCUGCACUGAAGCCUGAAUGUGAAAGCGUGUGUGCUCUCCAAGUCUUCAUUAUCUUAAAUCACAACCAUGAUUUAUGGAAAACUCAGUGUUUCCUAAUGACCUACUCGUAUGCGAUACACUGUCACAUCCACUGUUUCAUAUUGUAUAAAGUUCAAAACUUUCAAGAGAGAAAUGAAUCAAAGGUUUUAGAAAAAAUGUGGGAUGUAGGAGUGAUGGGAUUCAUUUCAGCCUAUUGAGUUUCUGAUCUAUUGAUUGUGGAUGCGAACGGUCACAAAACUCAUUGAUUGCCUUAAGGGGAAUGUGUACAUUUUUAAAUAGACACAAAUGCCCACAGACAGAUGAUCACUUGCUCUGCUUCACAUAUUUGGAGACUCAGUUAUUUCUGUGCACUGGCAUUAUGUCUUGUUAGCUUCACAGAUCAAUGCACAUGUACAGUUACCUAGACAGCCACCAGUAUUGGGCAUGUGAACAGCGUUGAUGCUACUGCUCGUCUCGGAGUAAUGCUUACUGUAGGUAACGAUAAGACUUUUAGGUUUAGGGUCAGUGGAUAUGUUCACUUUAAGUUUCCUUUAAUAGACAUACAUUUAUUUAACCAACAUUGAAAUCACUAGCCAGUUGCAUAAAACAGCUUUAGUUACAUUUCCCCUUAGGGUUCCCUUUAAGUGUUCCUUGAGUUUAAGGCUGUUUCAUAAAGCAGCUUAACCAGUUUAAUUUAAAUCUCCUAGUUAAGGAAACAAUUACCCAAAGUGUUAAACUAAAUUAUGAAGAGGAUUUAUGCAACCAGCCCUAGUGC